CGUAAAGAGGGGGAGGUUCACAAAUAUGCAGAGAGAAGAAUGGGAGGGAGCAUGUGUGAGUGUUUGAGGGAAUCAGACGAGAGUGAAAGCCACGCAGAUAUACUAUAACUGCAAAAGGAAAGCCAGACUAGUUUUUCUUGUUCCUGCAUGUGUCAAGAAGGUAGAGUUUUUGUGUAAACAGCUCAGCUUAGUGCUCUUACAACUCAGCAUGAGGAUUGAUCUAUGUACCCUGGAUUUAAAGACUCAAACUGCACUAAAAGACUAAAAGAUGUCUGCAUCACCGCCUCCGGUGUCCCCCAGGAAGCAUUCAGGUGUCAGAGUCAUGAUAAUGCCGGGAGCGCAGCCUCUUCCUAGUGGCCUGCCCAUCUACACAGAUUUUGGCAAAGAAAAGGGUGCCAGAAGGGAGUCAAACUAUACACCUCUAUUGAAUGCAGAGAGAGAAGUGGAGAUUCUGAACCACUGCUUUGACGAUGUGGAGCGAUUUAUGUCACGCUUGCAGCAGACGGCUGAGGCCCAGAGUGUUCUCAACCAAACAAGGAAGAAGAAAAGCAGAAAAAGCAAGAAGAAUAGGGACCAAGAUGGUGAGAAUGAUUUGUUGACCAUGAAAGCUGCUCCCCCAUCAGAGGAAGAGUUUGUGGACAUCUUUCAGAAAAUCAAGUACUCCCUCUGUCUUCUGGACCGUCUGAAGUCAUUCAUCGCAGAGCCUGAUGCACCCGAGCUACUCCAUCCCAUCUUUGUGCCUCUUCGACUGAUGGUGGAAACCACUGGAGGGCCAGGGUUAGGUGCAUCAGUGGUCAGUCCUGCUAUGACCACUGGUGCUGUUUCACUGCUUCAGAAGCACCUGACUGAGGAGGAAAAACAGCUGUGGACUUCCUUAGGACCUAACUGGAUUUCAUUCUAUGUGUCUGGUUCUUCAUACUCACCAGUCUUCCUGGAUGGGUGGCAGCCACAGGCCUAUAACUCAACUGGCCAGCUUAUUGAAGAUCCUAUCACGUCGCAGCAUAAACAAGAUGCUUUACAUGACCAAGCUCAAAGGACAGCGGAGGGCCCUGGUGCAGGCACUAAUGAAGUAGAAGGAAAUGGGCUCCCACCAGAGGGUGAGCGACUUUACUGCUGCAGUUAUGACUUUGUAGCAAGAAACAGCAGUGAGCUUUCUGUCCUACAAGGAGAAACACUAGAGGUUAUUGAGUCAUCAAAGAGAUGGUGGAAGUGUCGGAAUCGCUUUGACCAGAUUGGAUUUGUACCCUCUAAUAUCCUGGAGCCUCUGUCUGCACUGAAUAACACUGGGAGAGACAUCCCAGUGGUACGCAGAGAGUCAAAGAAGACGCCUAUUUACCCUCGGACCAAGUACUUCUCAUAUGCUCAUCCAGACCAAAUUGGGACCAGUCCUACCGCCAUAAGCCAAAUGCGACCACAGAGUAUGGUUUUACCAUCUACAACAACGCAGAAAGAAAACAGUGAGCGAGUCCUAAAAAUGAAUGACGAGCUUCAUCGGCGGUUAGCUAGUAAAAGAGACUCGAUCCGUCCGCUGGUGGUUCCCCGCACCACUGAUACUUCUUCUCCCCUGAACUACCACUCAUCGUCUGCCGAGGUGGAGGCCUGGCUCACCGCCAAAGGCUUCAGUCAGCAGACAGUUCAAACUCUGGGCAUUUUAAAUGGAGCGCAGCUUUUUUCCCUGAAAAAGGAGGAACUCCGCACUGUGUCACCAGAGGAAGGUGCAAGAGCCUACAGCCAAAUUAUGGUGCAGAAGGCCCUUCUCGAGGAUGUGCACAACGCCUCUGAACUAGAGACGGUGAUGGAGAAGCAAAAGCUGAAGGUUGAACACAAAUCCGAGAGCGAUGUAAUGUGACCUUGGUAUUAAAGAUUUGGAUGAUCAAUGGAGAUACCUCUGUUAUUGCAUUUGCUGUAUGUACAAAGUGAUGUUGAAGAUGGAUUUUAAUCGUUUAUUCAUACAUGCUGUUAUAUCUAGUAUGUGCUAUAGAUCGAGCAGCAAAAGCGCAUUGUAAAGCUAGCUAGAGUGAGCGAGUAAAGCUCACUCACGAAUAAUGUGAAUAACAUUGGGACUAUUUUAGAUCUUUACAUGCUUUAAACUUUAACUUUUUGCAAGAGUUUUACUUAAGCUAUUCUUAAUUUUGGUAACAUUAUAGUUUUUACAAUUUGAAAAUUUCUCUGAUCCUUUGUUUAGGCAAUAUCUAAACACAACAAACAUUCUGAUGAUUAGUUUGAUGUGUUUACAACAAUGGACUGACACGGCUUUUUAGAGCUUUAAAAAAAAUCAAGUGCAUUCUGUCAAAAAUGUUUAUGACUCUACAGAACAGUCAGGUUUGAUGAAUGUAGAGUUUUUAAUGCUUGCACUUCAUUUUAUAUUAAGACAUUGUUGCUUAUUGCAGCCAAAUAUUGUUUUAGACCAAAUACAAAUCCAAUUGAUGCGCAAUUAAUACACAAUUGUUUAGUCCUGGCUCUUUCUAUGAUUUUCUUUGGACACUGAAAUGUUUCUGAUUCAGUUUUUUUCUCAUUGUGACUUUAGCUGUGACUCAUAUCAUGACAUAAUGUAAAACGCAGUACCACAACACAGUACAGUCGUGAUGAACUGCUGUCUAUGUAUUGGCUUGAAUAGAACUUAAAUGUGUAUUUUUGUAUCAUAUCUAUGAGUUUACUGCAACCGUUCCUUCCGUAUUCUGAAAAAGACAAGUAUGAUCAAAGUGAUCACUUUUAUUUAAAAUGAUGUGAAGAAAGCUGAAUAAGUAUUUCCAUAACUGAAAUUAUGUGCAACAGAGUUUUUUCUUUGGCUGUAUCAUUCAUUACAAAAGUGACACCAAAGAGGUCAACAUACUUACAAUAUGAAUUAUUUAUCAUCAUGUCAAUAUGUUUUAUAUUGACAGCACCAGCACAUUUUUACCAAAACUCUUCAGAGGUAAAAUGUUCUAGUGUAAACAGUGAUUAUUUUAUUUAGGCUGAACUACAAACAACUAUUACUAUUCCAUACAGCGCCUGCCUAGGUUUGCACUUAAAACCGUUAUUUAUUUUCCUCAUAUUUAAUU